AUGACCAUAGUUGACAAAACAUCUGAGUCCUCAAACACUUCUGGCUGUCAGAAGCAGCCCGGCAACUCCCUGGUGCCGGCUUCUGGAGAGAUGGAAUCAGGCUCUGGAGGAUGGAGCACUGUGUCGUCUCUGGAAGCUCCAAAACGCAAGAUCUCCUUGGGACCAGUGCCAGGGGCUGCCGUUUAUUCCAAUUCAUCAGUUCCAGAUAAAUCCAAACCCUCCACUCAGAAGGAUCAGUCUCUCGGUGAUGGCAUUGCUCCACCGCAGAAGAUCCUCUUUCCAGCCGAGAAGGUGUGCCUGAAAUGGCAAAAAACGCACAAAGUCGGAGCUGGCCUCCAGAACCUUGGCAAUACAUGUUUCGUCAACUCUGCUCUACAGUGUCUGACUUACACGCCCCCUCUAGCCAAUUACAUGCUUUCCCUGGAACACUCCAAAAACUGUCACGAGCAGGGAUUCUGUAUGAUGUGUAUCAUGCAGUCUCACAUCAACCUAGCCCUUUCCAACUCUGGCAACACCAUCAAACCGACGUCUGUCAUCAAUGACCUCCGACGAAUAGCAAAGCAUUUCCGUUUCGGAAGUCAGGAAGAUGCGCAUGAAUUCCUCCGCUAUACUGUUGAUGCUAUGCAGAAAGCAUGUCUCAACGGUAGCAACAAGUUGGAUCGAUACUCACAAGCCACUACUCUCAUUUAUCAAAUAUUUGGAGGAUAUCUGAGAUCUAGAGUAAAGUGCAUGAACUGCAAAGCAGUUUCUGAUACUUUUGAUCCCUACCUGGAUAUUCCAUUGGAGAUAAAGACCGCUCAAAGUGUAAACAAAGCUCUGGAGCUGUUUGUCAAACCAGAACAACUGGAUGAUGAAAACUCGUAUAAAUGUAGCAAGUGUAAAAAGAUGGUUCCUGCCUCAAAAAGAUUGACAAUCCAUCGGGCUUCAAACGUUCUCACCCUGUCCCUAAAACGGUUUGCAAAUUUCAACGGUGGGAAAAUUGGAAAGGAAGUGAAAUAUUCCGAACAUUUUGAUAUGCGCCCAUACAUGUCCCAGUCAAGCGGAGACCCAGUUAUUUAUGCGUUAUAUGCAGUCAUGGUGCAUGCUGGCUUCAGCUGCCAUGCAGGACAUUACUACUGCUACAUCAAGGCCAGCAACGGGCAGUGGUACCAGAUGAACGACUCCACGGUCUCAGUCAGUGACAUCCGAUCCGUUCUGAGUCAGCAAGCCUACAUGCUCUUUUAUAUCAGGUCUCACGAGGUGAAGAACGGCAGUGAACACGCAAAUUCCGCUCACACCCCAGGGCGGUCUUCUCCCCGGCCAGUUAUCAACCAGCGAGUGGUGAAUAACAAGCAGACGUCGCCAGGGUUUAUUGGACCGCAGCUCCCUCCACACAUGAUGAAGUUGCAGAAUUCAAACCAUUUGAAUGGGUCUGCGUCCCUGAAAGAAGCGCCCAGCAGUUCCGUGGCCAGCCCCAGCACCAUGCCCCUCAAAAGGCCAGCUUCCGUCCCUUCAGCGACUUCUGUCCCAAACUGGACGCUCAAUAGAUCGGCUUCGGCGAGUGCCACCGACCCUUCGAAAAAGCAGAAGAUCACCAUCAGUAUUAACAAGCUGUCCACUCACCAAACGGCCUCUCACAACAGCUGUUCCGCGGAGAACCUCAAUAAGCCGGUCCCUUCCUCGACCGUUUCUAACCCUUCCGCGGUGCAGUCUACCUCAAGCGCCUCUGCCGCCUCGGCUGCUAACAGAAUCCCCAAACCACCACCCGCCGGCGAACCUUCUUCCACGCCGGUGGUGAACGGCAAGUCCAAGCUCAGUUCGGGCAUCUUGGUCCCGUACGGACCCGAAUCUUCGGAAGACUCCGACGAAGAGCCCAAGGGGCCAGUGAAAGAGAAUGGUCUCCCCAAGCCUUUCAACGGCAUCCCAACGGGGAGCGUGGGAAACGUGACGGAAAGCUCCUGUGCGUCCUGCCACAGUGCUGAGGAGGAGGCGCCACCGCUGCUGCACGAGCCACUAAAAAGUGUCGCUGUCAAUGGUGCUAUUAGUGUCGACGAGGCUCCGAAAGAGAACGGUCUGCCGCCCGAGGAUGUCGCUUGCCAAGCCAAGCCUGGGAAAUCUGUAGAAAACCCGUUCUCAAAAGCCAAUGGAUUGCAUGGGAAAGGACCACCUGCCGCUCUGUCCCCGGUCCCCGAAGACAUGAUCUUGGACUCCUUCAGAUACACACAACUGAAAACAUCGCCAGAAGAAACCAGUGCAAGCGGAACAGAGAAAACUGCCCAGGAGGAUGGCUGUUUGGAAGCCUUGAGCAGAGUUCCCUGCGACAAGCCCAGCAAGAUCCUCACCAACCUUCUCAGCAACAUCCAGGAUCUCCCAUCUCCUUCUGACCCCGAACCCAUUUCUACCAAAGACAACCUCUGUGAAAGCGUUGCCGCAGAAACGCAGAAUUCCCAUCUCGAUAGCGGCGGGCAGUGUGACCCUCAGUCAAAGUCACCUGGAAAAGACGCCGAAUUCUGUACAGAAGGCGACACGGAGGAUCACUCCGCAAAAAUGAGAGGACCAAAAGAAGGGAAAGCUGCUUGGAAAAAGAGCCCUGUGCACAUCAGAGGGACACCUGAGGGAGCAGAGAAACUGGCGCAAAGCCCUUUCAGGAAGUCUGACGCUGAAUGCCAACCUCUCAAGCUGGUCGCGCUGAACGUUGUUGAGAAAAGCCAAGAAACGCCGAAUGGCAUGAAGAAUGCUGCGGAUGCCCCACUCCCUGAGGUUGCUUCUGCUGCAAGGCUCGAUGUGGGUACAGAGAUUCAGAGUUCAAAGGACGAGGAUGGGCCCAGGCGGGGGAACGAAGGUCUCAGAGAAGACGCAGAAAGGCAGGAGCCAAAGUCCCAAUCCCUGAUGAAGGAGAAAGUUGGUACCUCGAAAAAAGUGGACCGAGAGCACUACCGCAGCAAGAGAGGCCGCUCUGAAAGUGAAGAGCGGGAGGCCGGCUGCAGCCAGAACGACAGGCAUUACUACAAGAAGAAGUGUUGCUACCACAGAGAGCAAAGCAAGAGAGAAUGCUCAGAAAGUGAAGAGCGGGAGGCCGGCCGCGGCCAGAAUGAUGGGCAUCACUACAAGAAAAGGUGUUGCUUCAGCACAGAGCGAACGAAAAGAGGCCGCUCAGAAAGCAGAGAGCGGGAAGCCAGCCACAGCCAGAACUAUGGGCAUCACUACAAGAAAAGGUGUUGCUACAGCAGGGAGCCAACGAAGCAGGGGUAUUCCAGAAGAGAGUACUACAACGGGAACAAGUACCGAUUCCCCUCGAGCCCUGACCCUGGAAGAAGUUUAGGAAAGUCCCCCUGGCCCCGGUCUCACAGCAGAGAGAAAGCAGACCUCGAACGGAGCCAGUAUUGCCCCUGGAAAGGAGAGCCGUCGUGGAGCAGAGUGGGUUAUCAUCAGGAGAUCCCAAGGAGAUGGGAAAAAUACCGACCCGAUAGCUACUAUUAUUCCUCCCACAUAGCGAAAAGUAGCCAGGAUAGAAAAGUCUGCCAUGGCGAGAAGGACGAUAACAAAUCUAGUCAUAUUUACAACAAACCAUAUAAAGACUAUUACAAAAGCAGAUGGACUCACGACCCACCAGUGAAGGAAAGAGAGAGGGACCAUGUUAGCAGUUCGAAAGCAGACAUGUACCGCUGUCCGGUCCCCUCCCAGCGCCCGGAGAAAUAUCCCCUAGAGAGAGAGGCGCCGGUGCCCGAGGAGCACAGUUUGCAUCCAGGGGCCGAGCGUCCAAAGGAGCGGAAAAGGAAAUGCCCCAGCCCAGAGGGCAGCGACAGCAACCCUGAAAAGAAAUGCCAGAGGAGGAGCUCACCGAGCGAACCUCUCGAGGAGCAGAAGAGCCGGAAGCACAAAAAGUCGAAGAAGAAGAAGAAGAAGUCGAAAGAUAAACACAGAGAGAGAGAUUACAGGCAUCACCAGGACUCAGAUCCCUCUGCAUCAGGCUCUGAGACAGAGGCCCAUAAACACAAGAAGAAGAAAAAGAAGAGGAAGAAGCGUGCAAAGAGAUCUGAAAGCUGCAACGAGCCUCUAGAGCCCCACGUCCCAAAGUCAGCUCACGCGGAAGGCAACGGCACUUGGGAGACAACCGAAACUUUGUCGGGGGCUUGUCAGAAACACGGCAGGCAGGCCCAAGAUGGAGCAGCUGCGGCCUGCUGGAAAUCCAAGUGCGCAGAAGGUGGUGACAGAGGAGGCUGCCACUUCUCUACAGACCACCAUGACGCUGCUACAGAGGCACCUUUCCAUAAAGACCACAGUUGGACAGUCUCUAGAUCUGCAAGCAAUGACAUCCCAUAUAAAGAGUAAAGGAGAUGAUCAUCUGCUGGAAACAUCUUACCACUACUAGCAGUAUAUUUAUAAAGAAAAAUAUUAUUUCUCUUCAAUUCAUUAUUGGU